CAAGCCUUGACCAAACUUCCUGUCUAUUCUUGUCUGUUCUUGGUGGUCUCAGAGAGUUGACUAACUGUACGGCUGCCAAAGGGUUAAACCUGGCCCAGAAGCUCCUCCUUCAGGCAACCAUACUUUCUCAUUGUGGUGUCACUUGCUAUAUAAGGCCCUCAGACAUCUGCUCCAAGCCUCCCCAAGACCUGCCUUCUACAGACCAAUCUCUGGAAUAGACUGAGAAGUGAAACCAUGACUUCAUACUCGGCCCUGAAGAACCUCAUAACCACCUAUACUCUCACCACCUUGAUUUUCAGCACUGUGGAGACUUAUACAUGUGCACUCUGUGAAAAAGACUGUAGUCCUGGUGCGCUGAAAACUUGUGAAACUUCUCAAGGCUGCUUCAGCUUCAGACAGGAAGUAAUGGCACAAGGGCAUCAGUCACAACAUUAUGAUUUGAAAGGCUGUUCUUCAAGCAUUUGUGUUCCAUUUGCCUUUCGGAUAUCAGUGAGUAAUGGAUCAUUGGGGUUUGCAAGCAAAUGCUGCCAAACUGACCGGUGUAACCAAGAGGACAUAAAACUGCCUCAGAAGUCCUCAGUCCCCAAUGGCAUUACAUGUCCUUCCUGCGAAAGACGGAAUAAUCAAUUUUACUGUGACCAAGUUCCCCUCGCUUGCACUGGGGCAGAGACAAAGUGUAUCACAAUUUUUGAUUCAGCUCAUUCUGGAUUGCCAAAUAUAAUGGGUUGUGCGACUGAAACUGCCUGCAACUUGAAGAAUUUUAAAAUACAGGAUGGCACAGUAUUCAGUACUUUGUGUGCAGGCCUAAGCAGUGGGAGCCCCCCACUGACAUCUAUCACCUCAUCAAUCCUGAUUGGUGUUUUUCUGCUGAAAGCCUUGCUUUGAUUUUUCAGGCCUUGCCAAGCUCUUAACCUAAAACCCAGAAAAAGUUGGACCCCCAACCCUAGCAUUCCCCAAGACAUCUCAGAAUUAAAAAGCGUAUA